GCAGCUGCUGUCUGUCAGACAAACCCACCCAGCUGGACAGACGAAAGGCCUCACACACUUCACACACAUCAGACCAGAAAGUCUAUCGCUUGUACUUCUUCAUGAUCUCUCUCAUCUCCGACUCGCUCCACGGCGCAUUGUCCCACGGCGUCUUCCCCUGUUUGUGAUGAGAUGAGAUGAGCACACCACUCAGCCCAUCGAUGGUGUGAAUGUCUGUGGGCACUCACGUCCUUUCGUUUGAUGUCCAGCAGCGCACCGCCGCCCCACUCGAGCCUUUGAGAAUGACAGAGAGAGAGAGAGAGAGAGUGGGGAUGAGAUGUUCGCGUCAGUCAGUCAUCUGUGUCGCUCACAGCUGAGACACAGCCGCAGAGUUGCCACAGAUUGCAGCCAAAUGGAGUGCCGUCUCGCCGCGCUGUGUGUGUCAUACACACAAAGGAAAGGCAGUCAAUCAGAUGAGAGAAGACUGUGUUGUCUCACGUCGUCCUUCUGUGUGAGUAGGUCCUUUCGUUUGGCAUACAGGGCCUUCAACACAUCGACAUGACCACCAUAGGCAGCCGAUAUGAAUGGCGUGUAGCCAUUCUGCAAUCCACACACACAGACACACAAUCGGCACACUGAUGCGUCAGAGACAUGUGUGUGCUCUGUUACCUCGUCGCGUGCGUCGAUCAGUUUGGGAUCCCACUCCAUCAACUUAUUGACAGCCGCAACAUGGCCCUCCCGAGCAGCCCAGUGCAGGGCAUUCCGACCAGACUGCAUUCCAUCACAGCCAACACACAUCUCCUCAUCACCAGCAGCACACAAGAUGAUUUGUCUGUGUCGGUACCUUGUUUGUUUGCUGCAGUACGUCAGGUUUGGUCUCAUACAUAAGAGACAUGACGCCCACAUGACCAUACAGUGCAUCCUCCAGGAAGGGCGUGUCCUGCAUGAAUGAGAACACACAGACAGACCAAUGAGUGCAUUUCUGCCGUCUCCACGACUGCAUACCCCCGCGUUGUCUCGUUUGUCGAGUAUGUCCUUGCCAUCUCGGGCGAUGAACAAACGGACGGACUGCAAAUCGCCGGCCUUGACGGCAUCGAAGAUGUCAGCCUGACACACAACCAGCACAAAAACAGCGGCCCAUUGGCGUGUGGGAUUCAGCUGCUGUCUCCCUGACGUGUUUGAUCUGCGGCUGUGGGGCCGGAGCGGGUGCUGGCGUGGGACUGACUGCAUCAUCAAACAGACACACACGAUUGCACUCAUUGGUCGUCUUGUCCGUCCGGUGGCCCACCGCGCGGGUCGGGUGUCACUGCCAGGACACACACCAAUCAUGAUGCCCAAAUCGUCGAUUUGAUGAGCAUUUGGUGGUGUGGUGUGUGUCACCUGUCCGGCCUCUGUCGUUGAGUUUGUUCAAAAGCUGAUAUCAUUAUAUGCGGCACGUCAGAUGCACAGAGACGCACAAAGUUCAGACAACAGUCCUCUCAUUGACCUCGGCUGUGCAGACUGCGUCAGCUCACCUCAUGGGCAGACGGCCGGCUCCGUGGGUUGAAGGCAAAACAACUCUGAUGGACCACAAGAGACAGCUGCAUUCAGCAUCGCACGUCAGAUCUGACGUUACCUGUAUGGCCUGUUUGACAUUGACGGGGAUCUUUGGAGGAAUGGGCGGCGUCUGCACGACACACAGACACAGCGCAAAUUUCAGGCGUCCGAAAGUCUGUACCUCUUUGUUUUCACAGAUCGUCUGCUCAAUCUGUCUCAUACUCAGACCGGCAAAGGGACUGGACCCUGACAAAUAUCACGUGACGAUAUGCCCUCUCAGAGAGCUGAUUGUGUCUGUGGACUUCUCACCGCCGAAUACUCCGCGAUGAUGCAGCCAACAGACCAGAUGUCCGACCUGUCCGUCAGCUGGGGCCCUGACGUGCACAGAGAAGCGAAUGGAUGGCAUCUCCUGCAUGUGUGCGCUGACUGUCUGCGAAUGCUUCAGGAGGCGCAUAGACAACGGUCCCACCUGAUUAUCACACACAACGUACGGUCCUCAACCCGUAUGCAGUGAAGUCAGUGACUCACCGAAGUGGCUGGAGCUGUGGUGUGUGCCCUGCAACUCUCUGGAGAGUCCGAAGUCGGAUAUUUUCACGUUUUGGUCAUCAUCCAGCUGGCGGACCCCCAGAUGAGAAGAGACGUGCAAGGGAGACACAUCGAUCAUGCGGUCUCAUUCAUCUGAACACUCCCUAACCAGAACAUUUUCCGGUUUGAUGUCUCGAUGGAUGCCGCCCUUGCUGUGUAUGUAGGCCAGCCCCUCACACAGCUGAGAUGCAUGAGGGCAGCUGUCAUGGCGAUGUGUUUGUGUUACCGAUGUGACCUAACCUGCCUGGCCAGCAUGUAUCUCUUGUUCUCGGGGAGGCCGCCCCUCCUUUGAAGUAUGCUGAGACACUUCCGCAACGAGUCCACAUAGAACUCUGCACAACAGACACCUGCACAAGACUGUCGCCAAUGGUGCGGCCAGCCCUACCGAGGACAAGAAACGGGAUUCUCUUGUCGUAGCAGACACCCAGGAGCUUGGCCACGUUGGGAUGCUUCAUACCUGCCACGAAUUUGGCCUCGGCCUCGACCUCCUUUACGAGAUUCUGAUGACACAAAAUCAGCGGCGUUGUUGCCAUACAGAGGACCUGGUCGAGGCUGACUACACACGCACCUCCUUCCCCAAAGAAUUGAUGAGGUGUUUCUUCGGAAUCUUGAGGGCAACAGUCUGGUCCCUCCACUGCCCCUUGUACACCUCAGCAAACGCACCGUCCCCUGACACGGACCCCACAACACGAGGCAGUGGAUGCCACUGGAUGGUUGGUUCGUACCGAUGCAAUCCACUUCAUCGUCCCAGUAGAGCUCAUGCAGUCGUAUGGAGUCUAUUUGGACAGAACCACGCCUCAUCGGGGGAGGAGCGGGAAGGGGAG